ACUCAAAAGGUGUUGUGGCAACGAUUGGAACGGGGGCAGAACCUAUAGUGGCUCUAAGGGCGGAUAUGGACGCUCUACCCAUUAUGGAGGAGACGGAUGUGCCGUUCAAGUCGCGCCAUCCUGGCAAGAUGCAUGCAUGCGGCCAUGACGCCCACACCGCCAUGCUGCUCGCUGCUGCCCGGAUCCUGCAGGAGCGCGCUCGGGCAGGCACCUUGGCCGGCACGGUUCGUCUUAUUUUCCAGCCAGCAGAGGAGGGGGGAGCAGGGGGAAAGAGGAUGGUGGAUGGGGGGGCUUUAAGGGGCGUGUCUGCUGCCUUUGCGCUGCAUGUAUCGCCCAAGAUCCCAGCGGGCUAUGUAGGCAGUCGCCCCGGCAUGCUGCUAGCGGGGUCGGGUCGGUUCAACGCCACGGUGUGGGGCAAAGGGGGGCAUGCCGCCAUGCCUCAAUUCACAGCAGAUCCUAUCCUUGCUGCCGCGCAUGUUGUUUCGAGCCUCCAGGCCAUAGUAUCGCGGGAAACUGACCCUUUCGCUUCUCGGGUUGUCUCCGUGACUCAAUUCCACGGCGGCUCGGCCGACAAUGUCAUCCCGGAUACAGUCACGCUCCGAGGCACCUACAGAGCCACCACUAAGGAGGGGCUCGCUGACCUGGAACGGCGCAUUGCUGACAUCAUCGACGCGCAGGCGCGUGUGUUUGGAUGUAGGGGAAGCGUGGAUUAUGGCAUGAUGGAUACUGUGCAAGCUGCUGCUGCUGAUGAUACUGAUACUGGUGCUGCUGCUAGUGAUGGUGGUGCUAGUGGUGGUGCUGCUAGUGGUGAUGCUGGGGUGUCGGAAAGCUCUGCUGCAGCAGAAGCAGCAGAAGCAGGAGGUUUCUGUUCAAGCGCUGGUGGCGGGACGGCUGAAGGCACUUGCAGUGCUAGCAGCACUGGCAGUACCGGCAGCAGCAGCAGCAGCAGCAGCAGCAGCAGCAGCAGCAGCAGUGGUCACAUUGAAUCGUCAGCAGCUGAGGUUCCACCUCUUUCCGAACCUCCUGCCGAACCUCUUGCCGACCCUCUCGGAUACGACUGGCCGCCCACGCGCAUCCCAGCCUACCCCCCCACCGUCAAUGACGUCAGCAUGCACGCCCUCGGCCGUGCCGUGGUCCGGAAGCUUCUGGGAAGCUCCGCGUACCUGGAGGUUGACCCGUGGAUGGCUGGGGAGGACUUCUCGUUCUACCAGGAGGCUGUUCCAGGCGCCAUGUUCUUUCUAGGAGUGGGGGCGUCUGGUGAGAAUAAGUCUGGUGAUAAUAACACCACCAGCAGCAGCAGCCCUCCCCUCCAUUCCCCCGUGUUCACCAUCAAUGAGGAUGCCCUUCCCAUCGGUGUGGCGCUGCACGUGGGGUUCGUGGAGGGCUUUUUUCUGGAGAAGAGGGCACAGGCAUAGGGACAUGUGCUGGUUCCUGGAGGUAGAUCAGUGGAUGGCUGGGGAGGUCUUUUCGGGCUUAGAGAUGCAAGCGCAGGGGCAGGGACAGGGACAGGCGCAGACGUAGAGGGAGGCUUGUGAGUCGCUCCUCCCUUCGGUGCGGCUCUGCAUGUGGGGUUUGUGCCCCUACCCUCUUUGUUUUUUAGUCGACGCGAAUGCAAACCCUGCCCUCAUGGUCCACCUGUGUCUACCAACUGCUUUCUAUAUGAGCGCACCCAAGCACACUUCGUGGUGCAUAUGGGUGUAUGGUCAUAAGUAGAAGAUCGUCACAAAGAUGUGUAUGUGUGACAGCCCAAUAUAUUUUGUAGUAGAUGUGUCAACUUUCCU